CCCCGACUGCAACAUGUUGGUCCAAGUCCAGUUGUUGUGGCUGCUCUCAGUUUUCACAGGAUCCGAGGGUGAAGUGCGGCUGGUGGAGUCCGGAGGAGGCGUGAAAUACGCAGGAGAGUCUCUGCGUCUCUCGUGCCAGGCCUCAGGGUUCAAUUUUGGGGACUACAAUAUGGGUUGGUUCCGGGAGGUUCCAGGAAAGUCCCGUGAGCUUGUUUCCAGCAUCAGUUACUGGGCUGGGAGUAGCACUAAUUAUGCGGAUGCAGUGAAGGGAAGAUUCACCAUCUCCAGGGACAACGCUAAUAGCCGGCUGUACCUGCAGAUGGACAGGCUGAGAGUGGAGGACACUGGCCGGUAUAUCUGUCAUGGAGAGACAGGAAGGUUUUGGUUAUGUUACAUGUCAUUGUGCUAUGCUAACUACUAUGGAUCAGGGACAACAGUUACAGUAAAACCAUGGGUUGAGGGGCUGAUAAGCGGUGGAGGGGCUGUGAAACUGGCGGGGGAUUCUCUCCACCUCUCCUGCGCAGACGCUCGAUUCACCUUCAGGGACUAUGAGAUGGGCUGGUACCGGCAGGCUCCUGGGCGAAGACCGGAAUGGGUCUCCCACAUUGACCCCACCGGGAGAUACCCACAGUACGCAGAUGCCGUGAGGGGCCGCUUCUCCAUCUCCAGAGACAACACCAAAGGCCAGCUGUACCUGCAGCUGGACAAUCUGCAAGUCGGGGACAGCGGGCGGUAUUACUGUGUGAGAGUCACAGGAAGGGACAAUUAUGCACAGCUAGAUUUCAGAACUGGUACCGAAGUUAUAGUGGAACCAAGAGCCCGAGCUGAAUCUCAGCCCACAGUCUUCGUCCUGAGGAACCAGAGCUUCGCCGCUUGCCUGGUGAAGGAUUUCUAUCCCAAGAAGCUGAGCCUGACUCUGUCCGCCCCCCGCCCCCCACUCACAGAGCCUCUCCAGGCCACGGUACCCACCGCCCAGGGAACCUACAGCGCUGUCGGGAUCGGACAGUUCAGAGAGGAGGAUACGGUGACCUGCUCCGUGCGGCAUGGCUCGGCGCAGAUGAACGUGACCGAAGGGCAGGAUGCAGCCCCAGCACAUCCUGGUUCAGAAAAUUCCCUGAAAUCUAGGGUCUCAGACCAAGAACACCUGAAAACUGAUGUUACGUUUCUGGUUUCAGCACAUCCUGGUUCAGAAAAACUCCAGGGCUCUGUCUUGACCUGUUCAGAACAGAGCACCACAGGAGACCGUGAAUGGGGCAACACCCUGUCCAUUGUCAUCCUGGCACUCAGAGUCCUGCUCCUGAAAAGCGUCGCACUCAAUAUUCUCCUGACAUUCCAGGCCUCUUGUCGCUGA